AUGUCAACAACACCUGAUCCUCCUACACGUUACUGUGUCUGUCAACAAACAGACGGUGCUGGUAUUAUGAUUGAAUGUAUACGUGGAUCUGGUGGCUGUAAUGGAUGGGUUCAUCCAACCUGUUGUGAGCUUAUUUUAACUCAUGAAGAACUGGAAGCGCUUAAUGCCUACGUUUGUCCACUAUGUGAGCAACCUGAUGAUGAUUUUAAAGCCAUGAUGGCAUUUAACACAAGAUUAGCGAAUCGAGAGGCAUUACACCAGCGUAAACAACUGACCAAUAAAGCCGUCAAGAACCCAUGGGUCUGUGUCACCUGUCAACAUCCAAAUCGAGAUCGCCGGACACGAGAGUGUGAGGUGUGCCACACGAGACGUGUGAUGCCACAUCAUAAAGCAAAGAAACAACAAGAAGACGACGAAGAGACAGCACGACUCAUGGCACAGGAUGAGCGACGUCAGAGUAAACGAGCAACUAAUAAGAAAAGAAAAUCAUAUCAUGUGCCAAAUUCUGAUGAAGAUUUUGGAACUUCAGAUGAUGAAGAAUACAACAUGCUGAAGAAGAAGAAGAAGACGAAGAGAAAAUAUACAAAACGAAAUGAAGAAAGUGAUUUUGAUGAGGCAGACUUUCAACUGGAUACGAACGAAUUAAAGACAAAGAGUAGCAGUAAACGACAGGAACAGUUGAUAGUGACGACCAUGGUCAUUGAUAAGAUUAUGGGUGUGAGACAACAAGAUAGCGUUGAACCAGCACGUGCUUCUACUACGGACUCAGUCAGUGCCAAGUUGUUUGGGGUUAAUCGACCUACUAAGACAGCAGUUGUCGAGUAUUUGAUCAAAUGGAAAGGUUUUGCGUAUAUGCAUGCGACGUGGGAGACGGAACAAGUGCUGCUAGAAAUGGAUCCACUGACCAACAAGCAGAAGAUCAAGAGGUUUCAUGAAAAGGAGCAACAGCGACUGUAUCAUCCACAUCGUCAAGCCGGAGACUUAGACGGGGAUUCGAUGGCGGCGGACGAGCUUGAAUACUUUAAUCCCGAGUAUUUGGAAAUCCACCGUGUUGUUGCUCACCGACGAGACCCACCAAUAGCUGCUGACUCCAACUUUUCUGAUGCCCCUGUCGACGAUGGUAUGCGCUACUACAUUAAAUGGCGCAUUUUGUCAUAUAUGGAAGCGACGUGGGAACGUGCUUGUGACAUCAAGGAUGAUGCUGCUCUUGCCAAAUAUAAGGCGACAAUUGUUGUUCCCGAUGAGGAGAUGUGGAAACCAAGACCGCGACCAAGCAUUCGUGAAUAUCGCAAACUGGAGGAAUCGCCCAAGUAUGGUGAAGAUCAAUCGCUUUCGCUUCGUGCGUAUCAGCUGGAAGGUCUAAAUUGGUUGCUUUGGAAUUGGUUUAAUGAACGUCCAAGCAUCUUGGCCGAUGAAAUGGGAUUGGGUAAAACAAUUCAGACACUUUCGUUUCUGAAUCACCUUCGCGAUGACUCUAAAAUUCGAAUUCGCGGACCGUUUUUGAUCGUGGCGCCUCUUUCACUGAUUGUACAGUGGCAAAAUGAGUGUGAAAUGUGGACUACCAUGAAUUGUGUAGUGUACCACGGCAACACUGCCUCACGAGAAAUUAUUCGUGACUACGAGUUUUACUAUUUGGAUGAUAAGCUUUGUCCCGACCGCAAGAAGCCUUAUCGCUUUAACAUUCUUGUGACAACUUACGAAGUGGCGAUAAAAGACAUUGCUGUCCUAUCAAAAAUUCACUGGCGUUGCCUCGUAGUUGAUGAAGCCCACCGGCUUAAAAAUCAAUCCUCACGGCUUGUCGAACAGAUGCGUUCUUUACGUCGUGAUCACUGCGUGCUUCUCACGGGUACUCCUUUACAAAACAAGACUGAAGAGCUGUGGGCGCUGCUCAACUUUCUCGACGGAAAAUCGUUUCCAAGCGUUACUGAUUUUCUCGCUAAAUUUGGCGAUCUUCAUGAAGCCCAGCAAGUGGCAGACUUGCACAAGAUGCUAAAGCCGUACCUACUUCGUCGUGUAAAGGAAGACGUUGAAAAAUCGUUGCCGCCUAAGGAGGAGACAAUUGUUGAAGUGGAACUUACACCGGUUCAAAAACAGUGGUAUCGUGCAAUUUACGAGAAAAACACAGCGUUUUUGAAUCGUGGCGGGAAUCCCCGCAAUGUGCCAAAUCUGAUGAACGUUAUGAUGGAGCUUCGCAAGUGUUGCAACCACCCGUAUCUGAACAACGGGGUUGAGGAAAUUUUGAAUGAAGGAUUGACGACGGAUGCACAACGUCAUGAGAUGAUGGUAAAGUGUUGCGGUAAGAUGGUGUUAAUCGACAAGCUGCUACCGCGAUUGAAUGACGGAGGACACAAAGUGCUUAUUUUUAGCCAAAUGGUUCGCGUGCUGGACAUAAUCGAAGAUUAUUUGCGCUACUGUGGUCAUCUUUAUGAGAGACUAGAUGGCAACAUUCGUGGUAAUGACCGCCAAGCUGCUGUUGACCGCUUUGUCAAGCCCGAGUACAAGCGAUUUGUGAUGCUGUUGUCGACUAAAGCUGGUGGAUUAGGGCUGAAUCUAACGGCUGCAGAUACGGUCAUCAUUUUUGAUAGUGACUGGAAUCCUCAGAAUGAUUUGCAAGCUCAAGCCCGUGCGCAUCGUAUUGGCCAGACACACUCGGUGAAGAUUUAUCGCUUGAUCACUCGUAAAACUUACGAGAUGCACAUGUUCCACAAGGCUUCGCUGAAACUAGGAUUAGACAAGGCCGUGCUUACUCACAUGCGUCGCGAGAACGAGGAAGAAGGCGGCAAGAAAAGAAACAAGAGCGUCAAGGCACAAGAAUCUAAGGAGAUUGACGAUUUGUUGAAACGAGGCGCUUACGAUGUGUUCCGCGACGACGAUACUGCAGGCGAACAAUUUUGCGCACUAGACAUUGAUCAGAUCUUGCAACGCUCGUCACAGGUUGUGCAGUACGCUGAGCAGGCGCAAUCAAGCUUUUCAAAAGCAAGUUUUGUAUCAGCCACUACCUCAGACGAUGUGGAUCUCGACGAUCCUGAUUUCUGGAAGAAGGCGGUGGGUCUUACAGAACCGGACCCAGUGGAGACAGAAAUUUUGCUGCCGCAUCAGCGCAAACGAACUCGGGUCGCGCGAUUUGGCGACGGAGGCAGUUUUUCUGACGGCAGUAUAUCCGACGAUGAAUACGAACAAGAGAAGCGUGAAAAGGAAAAAGAAGAGCGCGAACGGCUUGAAGAGAAAAGCACACCCCGAGAGUGGACACAAAACGGACGCGAUCGUCUGCAGCGUGCGUUAAUGCACUAUGGUUUUGGUCGCUGGGAGCUUAUUCGAAGCCAGAGCGGCGGCAGUCGUUCUGUGAAAGAGGUGGAACGUUUUGCGCGUGGAUUUACAUAUGUGUCGGGCCUGGCUUGUGACCAGCGCAAAGAUGAUUCUACAUUUGUGAAGGCGUCAAUUCACGCUGCGAUGUGCGCUCAAAAGAAGAAUUUAAUCGAUGAAGAAGACUUGUCAGCCGUUUUAAAGGAAGAAGAUUUUGUGCUAAAAUUAAAGCAAGGUGGCGGUCGACGUGUGUUGGUUCGACUGGAUAUGCUUCAAAGACUUCAGCAGCUGGUUGCAUCGGCUUGCGAUGUGUGCGAUAAGAUAUAUAAGGGUACUGAGGAAAGUUUCAAGCCAUCGCCGACUGCCAGCAUUGAUGAGCGUGCUAAAUAUUACGGUGUGGAUAAGCUAGUACCACACAUCGAGUUAGUCGACGUAGGAGAGCGACCAGCAUGGACACAAAUUACGCCAUGGUGGAAUGCGAACGCCGAUCAAAACUUGCUGAUGGGCGUUUUUCUUCAUGGAUAUGGCCGUUGUGCCCAAAUUUUAGCAGACCCGCGACUGUGUUUUGCACAAUUAGAGAAAGCUGCUUACGAUCAAAUUGAAGCAAACAAUGGGAGCAACUUUGAUCCGACAAGAGUUGUUCGGUUAACCAUGAAUCCGAUUAAAAAGGAGAGCAUGGCAGCUGGAGAAGGAGUUGACGACGUAGAUAUGAGCGAUGUUGGUUCGGAGAGGGCAACAAGCUCUGUUGUUGAUCACGGUGCCUCCAGGACCAAUGACAUUGGUACGCAAGUGAAGACCGAAGCUGGCAUGGCUUUUGCUUCUGCUGGUGAAAGCAGCAUGGCAACAUCAGCUGCAUACUCAUUCAAGCAGCCUGAGGUUCAGCAUAUGAACCGCUUACUGAGCUGGCUGCUGUCUGCCGAGGAGACGAAGCGUCGCCACGAAAAGGACAGAUACAAAAGGGAGCGUGCGUCUAUUGAGCAAAGGCGGCAAGCUACUCAGGAUAUGCGAGCGCGCUCUCUGGCUUUGCGUCGGUUGGAGCUGAAGGCCAUGCAUCUUGCACAGGUGGACAUUCUCCGGCACAUGGCAGUACUGCACAAUGCUCGUCAACUUCCGGAUGCCACACUAAUCGCUGGUCCACAGCAUCGCAUGAAAAGUACCGAUUGGACCAAGGAAGAGCGUCGCUCCUUUGCGUACAUGAUGACACUUCAUGGCGCACCGCGGAUUCUGGCAAAACGUGCCGUCGUUGCACCGGAUGGUAAACCAACCCCAUCGAUGUUUCCUUUCAUGACGGAGCAAGCGCGUGAGUUUGCAUGGGAGACGGAUAGUAUUUCGUGGCGCAACAUUGUGGAGUGGGGUAAUCUGAACAAAACUGCUACUCUCGCGCGAGCUUUUUACGAGACAAAGUUUGCCCCCAAGUGCCGUGAGGUUGCACGUAUGCGGGCAGAUCCGCUUGGCUCUGACCAGCGCGCAGUGGCGUUGGGCGAUCUUAUCGGUAUCGAGUUUGUGGAUGCGUAUGAAGGUGUGUUGGCCCAUGGGCUUAAAGCUCGCAACACUGCCUGGGUAACAAUGCGGCGCACUCAGUUGCUGGAAGAUGUGCUAGACAUCCUGUCAACGAAACGAGACACGCUGGAAACUUAUCUCCGAUCCGGAAAGCAUAUUUUGGUGGAAAAUAUGCCAGUGUGGUGGUGUCCAUGGAUUCAUGACUUGGGUGCCUUUUACGGCAUGGCUCGCUAUGGCAUUUACGGCUGGGAACGUAUCAUGCUGGACCGUCGCCUGCCGUUUCACCGCCAGGCGCGAGAACAACACAUUCGCGCAGUGUUUCUGGAGGGUACACCCACCUUUCGUCCUCUGUACCGUCAUCACUUCGAGUCGAUGGCAGAGAUGAAUGACUGGUUUGUACGUGCCGUAGGCGAGCUCCCGUCUCUUUCAGUUGUAGAGCGUAAGGUGGAGAGGAUUUGCGCCGCGAUAUUCGAUGAAUAUGGAAAUGCUGUCGAGCGCUAUGUGGAGCCCGAAGACCGGCGCGACUUUAGCCUAUCACCAGCAGGGAAUUGUUUUGAGGAAUUGAUUUUAGCUCGUGUAAAACAAGAAGAGGAAUUGCUUCCUAGCAUCGAGCCCAUCCCGGCCAACGACACGCCCCAAGAGUCAAGAGGUGCUCCAGAAGCCCUGAGAACGUUUAUAAAUGAGUCGCAAAGUCGUCGUGAUGAGUAUUUACGGACGGCUGAAGCAUCAAAUGCCAUAGGCUCUGCUACAUCUACUUUUGCAGCUACAAGUAGCGCAGGGCUUACUCGUCUCGUCAGUGGUCAAGAAGACAAAGAACAAGGUGAGGAGGGUGAACAGCGACAGCAGACGGCGUCAUCGCAGCUUGCUAUUAAGAUGCUGGUUUCAUAG